AUUGCUGACGUGUCGGCUGCACGCGCAGUGGGACUGCAGCCCUACAACCACAAGCAUGGCUGCACUAAAUCCAUAUUUGUAUCUUUUUACUCUGUUUCUUCAUGCAUGUGUUUGUAAAUCCAGCGCGGAGCGACGCUUCUCCGACUUCAAACGCUGCGCCGAUGAUGAAUGUAGCAUGCUGCUUGGCAGAGGAAAAGCCGCAAGCGAUUUCACGGGGCCGGACUGUCGGUUUCUCUCUUUUAAGAAAGGAGAGAUAAUACAUGUAUAUUAUAAACUCUCUGGACAGAGAUCAGACGUGUGGGCCGGUAGUGUUGGAAACCACUUUGGUUAUUUUCCAAAGGACUAUCUUAAUCUAAAUCGUAUAUAUACUGAAAAAGAAAUCGAGGUGCCUGCAGAGGAAACAGAUUUUGUGUGUUUUGAUACGGGACUCGAUACAUUUGAAAGUUAUGAUAUUGAUGUGCUAAUAGGCAACUCGUUGCUAAUAGAAACUGACAAUUUAACAGCAGAAUCAAAAGAAUCAGCUCAGAAUGAUGCUGUUGUUUCCCAGCUGCCUUCUGAAAUAGGAACGACAAGUUCAGGAUCUACAACACAUCCAGAAACAGAUUCAGUAGAUUCAGAAUCAACUUCCCCUCUUGAGACCGAUUCAGUUGAUUCAGAAUCAACUUCCGUUCUUCAGAUCGAUUCAGUAGAUUCAGAAUCAACUUCCCUUCUUCAGAUCGAUUCAGUAGAUUCAGAAUCAACUUUGAAUUUUGAAAAUGAUUCAGUAGAUUCAGAAUCAACUUCCCCUCUUGAGACCGAUUCAGUUGAUUCAGAAUCAACUUUGCCUUUUGAAACAGAUUCAGUAGAUUCAGAAUCAACUUCCCUUCUUCAGAACGAUUCAGUAGAUUCAGAAUCAACUUUGCCUUUUGAAACAGAUUCAGUAGAUUCAGAAUCAACUUCCCUUCUUCAGAACGAUUCAGUAGAUUCAGAAUCAAAUUUGCCUUUUGAAACAGAUUCAGUAGAUUCAGAAUCAACUUCCGUUCUUGAGACCGAAUCAGUUGAUUCAGAUUCAACUUCCCCUCUUGACACUAAAAAUGUUGAUUAUUCUGAGCGUUUGCACAACCAGAGUGACUCCGAGAGACCGUUCAGUACAGAGGAAGUCACAAAUUCUGGACCCAUGAAACUUCCAUUGGAAGCCCAAACUGCUGGCUCAGAGAUAGACACUGAAGAACCUGCCAAAUCCAAGCAAAACAAUAAGUAUAUACCACUACAAGCACCCUGGAAGACACUGAAUAAAAUUGAGGAGGAUACUGAGGAUAAGAACAAGUUGUCAAACUUUAAGGAUAUUUUUAAAAGGGAGCGUGGAGGUAAAACGCGAGAGACUGGAUCUCUUGAAAGAGUCACCAAAGAGGACAUGGAGGCUUUACCCGAGGACUCAAAUUUAGAUGUCAAAGACCUCGCCGGUCCCAAAGUCUCGAUUGCAGAAAUUGACUCGGAAGAACUGGCCAUUGCAGAAGAAGUCAUUGAUGUUGAAAACCCAGAUCCUUCUCAGCUGCCACAAGACACUAAAACAGCUCCAGGAGAAACUCUAGACUCCAUAAGUGCUCCAAAGAGUCAAGACAUCUCAUCCGAACAAACUGUGGAAAAGCACACCGUAGGUACGAUCUCAUCACUCAACGUGGACAGGAUGCUUGCAGAUGAAGCCAUUGAAGAAGAUGGUCUUCAGAAGGCCAUCAUGAACAAGAAUGGAAAUGCAAACAAAAACGUUGAAGACAACGAUCCCCACAAGGCCAGUACGGACAAGAGUGAAGAAUUGCAUGAAAGUCCACAGACUGCAACCCUUCUUGACAAUACCGACGAUCAGAUUGAAAAAGUGAAGAACGACCUUUUGAGUCUAUUAAAAAGCACCUUGCAAUCAGAGGAACAAAGUCCCAAUGAUGAGGAGCAUCAAGACGAGACGGAAGAUGCCGAAGAGCUUUUGGAGGAUGAGAAUGCUCUUUUAUCUUCUUCCGAACUCCAUAUUGCAGAUGAAUCCAAAGAGAACGAACAACCUGAAGUUCAAGUCGAAGCCGAAAUUUCAGACGUAUCUGAACAAAAUGACAAUGGCAUGGAACCAAGUGAGGUACCAUCUUCCCUAACAAGCGUGACUCAAGAAGAAGACCAUGAAACUCUGGAAGAAGAUGGACCCGAUCACAACCUUGAGGUACCUUCUCCUCGUGAGGAGCCUGUGUACAGUGAUAGCAUUCAAAGACUCACGAUUUUACGAGAUCACUUGAAAGACGACGAUGUGGCGCGUACGCAGAAGUGUCUCGGGCUGAUAAACAUGUUCAAAAUUGAAGCCAUGUUUUCUGACCUGGAUCAAGAGAUGAAGUCUGCCAGGCGGUUACAGACAGACACUGAGAACAUCGAGAACACACUUGACCAGAUCAUGGAGACCUCAGAGAUCUCGAUUCUAGACGAGACGAAGGAAAUGCUUAAUGAAAGAGAGCGGAACGCUCAGGAAUUUGGAUGGCUGAAGGAACCAGGAAUGAACGAUGUUGAGGCUGCCAUCUUGGAUGCUUUUCGGGAGAUUGUGUUCUCCUUGCGACAGAAAUAUUCAGCCGCUAGUGACCGUGUCCCAUUGGUUGAGGAAGAACAACCUGCCUCUGAAACAGAUGAACAAGACAACUCUGAAGAGGUGAAGGAUUUGAUCAGUGACGUCGAAACGAUUGAAGCACCUGAAGGUCCUGAGAUUCAUAAGGAGCAGUAUGAAUCUGAAUUGAUUCUGAAUUCUGAAUUAAAUCAAGAUUUAUCUCACAGUGAAGAGACGGGACUCGAGGAGGACGGCGGUCAUUUUAAUAGGAAUAAAGAUGCACAAAUAGGUUUCAAAGAUGCCGAGGAGGUUCAAAAGGCGCCUCGUGCGAUUUUGGAGAAUCCAGUGGACAUUGGAUUGCACUUUGAAACGGACCAAUCUUCAGCUUCACCGGAGACCCCGAGUGCGUCUGAUGCCCCUGAUGUUGAAGUCACCAGCUCGUCAACUUCCGAUGAACUUUGGAGCUGGAUGCUUCUCGGCAAAGAGUAUCUUGGAGUGUACGCAGAAGUUGUCAUCACUGCUCUGCCAGAAGAUUGGCGACCAGGUCCCACUUUCCACGGACUGCCUUGGGAACCUGUGCUCAUGACAGUGGCCAUCGGGUUCCUCACAUUACUGAUGUUCUUCUGGAAAACUGUGCUCGCUGUCAAAGGCAGAAACUAUCAGUUAACUGAGAAGCAGCUGACGGGCAAGAUCCAGCUGCUGCUCCGCGAAAAGUGUGAUGCCGUUAACAAGAUCGCAGAACUGAAUGGCAUGAUCAAAGACCGUGAAGAACAGUUAAAAAGCUCUGAGAAAUCAAUGAGUUCAUCACAGCGAGAAAUGAAGCAGCUGAAGAUGCAUCACCAGAAAUUCCAAAGCCAGUGUGCGGAGAUGUCCGGGAGUGUUGCUCAACUCAACCAGGAAAUCGUGGACACACAGGAGGAGAAUUCAAACCUGAAUGAAAAGAUUCUCAAAAUGCACCAGAGAAUCGAGAAGUAUCAGAAGACUCUGAAGAACUACGACGAGGAACGUGCAAAGGUGCACAUCCUCAUGGAUGAAGCGAAACUUCGAGAAGAUGCUCUGAAGGCUCGGGUGCUCACGUUUGAGAAGGAAAACGUCUCUUUAAAAGAGCAAAAGAAAUCUCUGCUGCGUGACGCUAAAGACUGGCAGGAGAAGCACGAAAAAAUAGGCGAGGAGAUCCGCGACUAUCACCGAUCACAGAAAGAGCUGCAGGAUUCACUGCUGCACAAAGACAAUGAGAUUGAUGUUUUGUCCAGCUGUAUUGCAGAGCUCAAACGAUUGGGAGCUUGUUAUGCUGCAGACCUACAGAAAGACGAUGUUAAACUAGCUAAUGGAGAAGAUGCUGACAAGACGAUGGACACCAUGAGACUGAGAAUUAAACAGAUGAUGGACGUCUCAAGGAUUAGAGCGACUCUCAGUAUUGUUGAAGAGGAAAGAAAUCGCUGCAUGGAGAGUCUCCUCACCGAACAGAAAAGCAGACAGGAGCUGGAGGAGCAAUAUCAGAAGGUCAUGCAUGAUCAGAUGAAGCUGAAGAAUGAAAAGACUCACCUGGAAAAUCAGUUCAAGAACCUUCAACAGAGACUGGAGAUCACCACUGACCUCUACCAGCAGAAGGAGAACGCCCUCCAACAGAAGUUGACGCAGGAGGAGUUGGACAGACAUGAGAAGGAGACGGAGCUGUGCGAGGUGGACGGUAAAGCUGUGAGGUCAGAGGAGGAGGUGAAAGUUCUCAAACUCAAGAUCAAAGACAUCAAGGAGGAGAUGCAACAGAAAGAGCAUUCGCUCAAAACCGAGGUGGCAGUCCAGGAAAAGAAAGCGCAUGAGAACUGGUUGAAAGCCCGCACCUCAGAACGAGCUCUGGUGGAAGAGAGAAGAGAAGCGGCCAACCUUCGGCAAAAGCUCGUUGAGCUCAGGGAUAAAAUCUCAGACAUGGAGCAAACAAGUCUGUUCAAACUGAACUCUGGACCUCCCGAACGACACCCGCCGCCUAUGAGGAAAGGUGACUCGUACGGGCCGUCUCCUGUGAGUGGGGGGGCUCCUUCUCCUCCUCUAAUGAUGGAGGGUCCAGGACGCCCCCCCUCUGCGCCUGUCGGGCGACGGAGCGAUUCGUUUGGUCCCAGACCCCCGUCUGACCCCCACGGACGUUUCUCGGAGCUUGGGCACCCGAUGCCCUCACGACCAGAAAUGUUCCCUCCCAUGACGUCAUCUCCAUGUGCACAUGAUGGACCCAUGCAGACCGCACCCGUCAUGGAGAAGGCCGAGGCCUCCGAGCAGGUCUCGUCUGACCCUGGAGAACCUCGAUCUAAAUCUCAGAACCAGGGUUCCUUCCUCCCAUCUCCCAUCCGUGACCCUCCUGUCCCGCCACAGAAUGCCCCACUAAAGUCGUAUGGACCCCCAAACGUGGGGGGACUAGUUCCGACCAAUGGCCCGCCUCCUUUUAUGGUCAGACCACCCAAUGGUCAUCCUCACAUGAUGCCCCCUGGCCCUCUUCUCGGCCCUGAGCCACGCUUCAGACCGCCGCCCAUGGAUUCUUAUGGACCCCCUCCUCCGAUUGGCCCAUAUGGACCAGUACGGCCACCUUUUGGUCGAGGCCCGGCAUUGCGGGACAUCCCUACCAUGGGCCCGCUCCCGCCACCACCUGAAUUUUACAUGCCUCGCGGGCUUCCUCCUCGGCCUUUCCCUCCCGGACCUCUACCCACGCCUGGAGCGAUGGUCCCGCUACAGUAUCGGGGCCGGGGCUUCCCGGGGCCCCCUUCACUAACAGUUCAGACCUCCAGGGAGGGUGAGAAUGCCACAUUAGCGCAAAACCGCCGCACAGAUGACUUCCAUCAGCAGGGGGCGCCGCAGGACGCAGAAAACUCCUCAAUGGCGGAACCUUGAACGGACUGUUACAGAACAAUUUUUCCAGCCUUGACUUCAUUAAUUUUUUUGGAUGGGAGGGAAAAACUCAAUUGUUUGGUUUUGCUUUCCAUUUUAUUUAAGCGAUAAGACAUUUGUGACAGAAAAUGAGGGUUUAGAUUUUAUACGUUUGCAAGCCUUUCCUAUGGAAAUAGUUUAAUUUAAUUUACAGAAGGCGACGUAACUUGUGUUUAUGGUUAAAUUGUAAUAUCUACCACCCACCCAGAGCUGAUGCAUCCUGGGAUAUUAUUUAAACCAAUCUGACGUAAAUAUAUUCGAACGUAAGUCAAAGUAUUUCUAUGCAUUUUUCACCAAGUAUGAACAAAUAUUUCCGCUCCAGUCGCUAUUAGUCCGAUGAUUCGCCAGCUCACCUGUGUUUUGUUGUAUGUCUGUUCUUAUCAUUUCUUUUCCUAGCGGAAAGGCACAUAUGAUGUCAUAUUGACAAAGUAUUUGUACAUUUCUUUCAGCUGCAUAUGCAAUAAAAAUAUUCCCAAAAAUCAGACAUUGGUAACGUAACCAAACUUUCACUCAGUUGAAACGGAUAUUAUUCAUCAUUGUACGGUUGACAUAAAGCAUGUGAUUGUAUUAAUGGAUGUUGGACGACUGUUUUGCAAAACCGUAAAUUUACUGGCAAUGGAACUCCUUCAUGAAACACAAGCAGAUUUCUAUGUAAAUUGUUCCCUAAAUCGCCUGAUUGUGUUUUUUAAUAGGAUAACUUGUGCAUGUUCAUAAGUCACAUUUAAUGCAACAGAUUUCCAGGUAAAUUUGUUGUAAAGCCAUUAUGUAAAUUGUUGCGUUCAUUUCAUUGUGACGAUACCAUUUAUCAUAUUAAAUUCACAGAAUUUAUUUGAAUGCGACAUUUAACGCAAGAAUGGUUUUCACAAAAAUGACGCUUUCGAUACAUUUGGUUUGCAGAAUUUAUUUGAAUACAAUUAACACAAGAAUGGUUUUUAUAAAAAUGCAACGCAGCUUAUUCUUCACCUUUCACAAAAUUUGUCAAAUUUAUUUAAACAUUUGUUUUGCUGUCGUUUUAAUGAAUGCGGCCCAAUGAACGAUGCUUUUCUGGGGUUUUGAUGCAACGCUCUCGGAAACAAACCAACAACUCCAACUCACUUUUUUAAAAUCAGUCUAUAUUUUUUGGUAUAUUGUGUUUUCUUUGAUAUUAGAGUAAAAUAUUUCAGAAAGUGUAUUGAUAGGAUGUUGCAAUAAGAGUGUCUGGAUCACGUGUUCAAAUCUUAGGGAAGAAACUGUUUAGGAAGUUGAAUAAAACUGCUUUUUCUUUCAUUUCAUGUUGUAAGAAAAGCCGAAGAUUUGUUGACUGGGAAGUCCAGCGUUUCUGUGACCUCAACAUCCUUUUCCCUAUUGCUGAUCAAACAGGAAGUCGGUGGAGUCACCCGUUCCAUUGUGGAUGCAUUUGGCAUAAAUUACUCUAGGAAAUGUGCAUUUAAUGAUUAACCAUGUCUGUGUUUGCCUUAUACAUCAAAUACAGUAUUGAAGGCUGAACCUCACAAAAACAUGUCCAGGUCACGUUUCGCCCCAAAAUCAAAAGAUAUAAGAAAUGAUGUUUUUGCAUCAUGAAGUAGGACCAUAUUUACAUUGUUUUGACAAUUAUGCACACCCCACGCACCCCCCAUAUGUUGUAUUGCCAUAAUGCGUUUUGCA